AUGGGGGCAACCUUUUCCGUGCACCAAAGAACUGCCGAAUUGCCACGAGAGCGCCUCGUCGGUGGGACGAAGGAGCAGACGGCGGCGGAGGACAACGGCGCGACGGUGACGCACAGCUCGAACGAGCACAUGGCGGCGAUCGACAGCACGGUGGAGGUCCAGUACCUCGUGACGGCGACGGAGGACGCUCACCCACGGGCUGAAUCCAGCCCCGAUGUCGAGUCAACGUUGAGCAACGAGCGGCUGAGAGAGGCCGGGACUUCGGAAUUUGACGAGUUUGGCACACGCGGCCACACUCUAGAUUCGGACGGCGGGGACACAGACGACCGAAGGACUUUGGCGUUGCGUGCUGGAGAGCACGCGAACUACGAGCUGAGCGUGCGUGAGCACGCGGUCCCAGACGGAGAGCGAGCAGCGGGUAACGAGGCCAACUGCUCCUCGGACGAGUCGGGCGCGGGAUCUGUGGACGGCGGGGUUGACGAGAACGAGAACGAGGAGUAGGUGCUAGUGAGAGCUAGUGUCUAUUCGUAGGAGUGGUUUAGGCUAUUCCUCGUAAUAUAAAAUUGGAGCGGACACGACGGUGGACGUUCCGGCAGGGGGAGAUCAGGUGGAUCUCUGACGGCCAACACGGUGUUGAAGCUACAAGAUUCACGUGCGAACUCGCAGCGUGGGCAUACGACCUGCCCAGCGGCUCGGGCAAGACAAGUGGGCCCGCUUCACAUACCUUUACGUUUCGAUGGAGCCGAUACAAUGAUAUGGAUCUCAUCAGGCCCAGGACGAGGCCCAGUCUUGCUAUAGCGCGGGGAAAAAAUCGGAUCGUGUCCUUUGUCGACUUGCAAAGGCAAAUCGACUCGCCAAUAUGGGCUCAUGCGGUUGGUCUGGAACCGCUCAGGGAUAUUGCCUUGCAUCACCGCCUUAUGUUCAUCGCUACCGAUCUUGAGCCAGCCAGACGUGGUUGCCGCGUGAAAGACCUGGAGAUCCGCCAAGUCGUAUUUUCCAAGUGCUCGGGGGUUCUUUCCCUGGACUAUCUCAACUAGUAGCCCAAGAUAUCCGCCGUCCUCG